AUGUCCGAACAGAUUAGACGAUGCCCGUUAUGUGGCACGCAGCAUAUUCUGUUCCGCAGCUUGCUUGAAGAGCGGAAGGCGCUGAGAGAGUAUCGCAAGGCGGAAUCGAACGAUGAGGCCAGUGUCAUGGAAGACAGAAUCCUGGACGUUUCUCGAUCCCGCAUCUGCCAUAGAAACUACUCCACUAUGGUCAUGGCUAGCAAGAUUGGAGAGUUAGAGGCUGAGCUAAAGUCUGAGACCAGCAAGAUUGGAGGGUUAGAGGCUGAGUUGCAGUCUGAGGCUAGUAAGACGGGGAAAUUAGAGGUUGAGCUGAGGUCUGAACAGACAACCAAAGAAGCUCUGAAGGAAGAAGUUGGGAUCUUGGGCGACUUCGUGGGCAAAGACUUCAAGGGUGUGAUUGAGGACCUCGAACAGACUCGCAAGCGCAACAAGACAUUGGAGAAUAUACAGACCGAGUCUAGCCGAACAAUAGAACAGCUUCGAAAAGGAUGUCGAUCACAGGAGGCGUCACGCUGA